UACUAUUCCUACCAUUAUCACAGUGAAACAACUGUUGUCCAUAUUAAUUGAAUUACAUAAUAUUUUAGUGUACUACACCGGGUUCAUUGUAAUAAUGUAUAUGUUGUAAUUCGUUGAUCGUUUACUUUUGAUUAAGUAAGGUUAAACAUGUAUAUUGCUAAAUUACUUAUAAUUUAUUAUAAUUCUAGUCGUAUCAAUAUUCAAUCUUAAACAUGUUCUGUAAAAUCUGGUUCAGUUAAAAUUCCUAUGUCAAAUCGGCUAUUUGUAAUAUGCUUACAUAUUAGGACAGCGCAUACUCAUCAAGUUAAUAUCAUUUUGUAUGUACUAAAGGAUCGUUCAACGUCCACAGAAGUUAUAGGCGCAAAUUUCAUACAAGAACUCAUCAUUGGUGUAAAAUUUGGGGGCAUAAGUAGUUGGCGGCGGGCUUCGAGACGACUCACAGAACGAAAUACUAUAAUCCAUAGGUGCGGUUAACGUAGGUGACUUGACCACCUAAAACCGUCGUAUCCAGUUACCACAGCGGGCAGGGGGACGACUGCAAGACAUCGCCUUUAUAUCCUUUAUACCAUAUCAUAGUAUUAUCAUCAUCGUAUAAAAACAACAUAAUAUUAUUAUCAUAAUAAUUUUCCGGCUACUGCUGCUACCGCGGUAACGGGGACAUAAUAUCUUAUCGUAUAGUACCGCGGUAACCGCGAUGUCGGUGGAGGCCCAUCUCGCGGGGCCGACGACGACGUCCGGGGCAAUCGUAGCGAUGGUGAUGCUGCUGCUGCUGCUGCUGGCGGUCCAGGCUCCCGGCGCCAGGGCCGUCACCGACGAUAUGCUGAAGAUCGCGUGCUCGGACAUGACGCCCAGGCACCCCGGUUACCAUCCGGAAAACAUGCAGGGCGCGCCUUGCCCUUACCGGCUGAUGGUGGACCCGUCCACGCCCGUGGUUCCAGGCAACCUGGUGAACAUCACGCUCACGUCCGUCGGCGUGACCAUGCCGUUCAAGGGGUUCAUGGUCCAGGCCCGAGACGACGACGGCCGAGUGCUCGGCACGUUUCUGCCGGAAUGCAGGAACGCGACACAACAUCACAUGAUCAGCUGUUCAAACGGCGUCGAACCAUACAACACAGUGGUUCAGUCAAAUAACAAAUAUAAAAUAACAGAUACUUUUACGUGGAUAGCUCCAUUAUCACUUAAAGGAUCUAUUCGAUUUAAGUUUACAGUUGUGUUAAAUUUUGAACAUUUCUGGACUAAUGAAGAAACCGAUGAUAUUCCAGUAGCUAAACUUUCACCAGAAGAAUAUAACAUAAAAAAUUCUAUUAAUCAUGAAUACUAUAUUUACAAAUUAUACAUUAAAAAUUGUUUUAGUUAAUACAAUAAUAUAUGUAUAUAAAUAGUAAAUAUUAAGAGUGGUACCUAAUAUAAUAUAAUAUUAAUAUGGUUUA